GGAAAGGGGUGAGGAAUGCGACAGCUGAACAACUGAGAGGCAGAUGCAAGGAUUAACAGGAGGACGAAAGACUGCCGAGAAAGGGAGAGAGACAGGCAGCACAGAGGAGGUCUUGGACGUACGCUUCGUGUCUUUACCCACUGACACAGAAAUAAUCUCUUUUCUGAAAUCACUUCAGUCCUCAGAACAGAGUUUAACACUGGACAGCUAUGGCGCUGCCUGCAGCCUUUCUGUCUGAAGAACAGUUCACCUGCUCCAUCUGUCUGGAGGUGUUCAACAACCCAGUGUCAACACCAUGCGGCCACAGCUUCUGCCAGGCCUGCAUCUCCUCCUACUGGGAUGGAGGGUUAGGGGGGGCAAAGUGUUACCAGUGCCCCCUCUGUAAGGAGUCCUUCCGCAAGAGACCAGAGCUCCACAUCAACCGGACCCUGAAAGAAAUCACAGAACAGUUCAAGCAGUUGGCCAACGCUGAAGAGCCAGUGAACAGAACAGGUGGGGGAGAGGUGGAGGAUCCCAACUCACAUCCUCACCAUCAUCAUCACCAAGCCCAGCCUCCAACCCCGAGGCCAGGAGAGAUGCCAGGGAACAUUUUUGCUGAGAUGAUGACCCGUUUUCAGCGACUCCAGAGCCCCGGGAUGCCUAAUGCCACACCUCCAUAUCCCAGCGACCCUCACCCUCAAAGCCUCAGACGACUCAGUGCUCACCCGGCUUUCCAAUCUCCGGAUACUGAGCACCACGACCCACCUCCACCCUAUUCACCUCCCCGCAGGUUUUCUCUGAGCAGUCCAGGUGAGUCUUCCUCCAAUCUGCCUCUGUGCCCCAUCCACCUGAGAGGCCUGGAGUUCUUCUGCCGCACUGACAACACCUGUGUGUGCAGCGUGUGUGUGGAGAUAGCAGAGCACAGAGGACACAACGUCAUCCCCGCCAAGAGGGAGUGGCACAUCAAGAAGGCCCAGUUAGGGAUCGCAGAGGUGGAGCUGAAGGAUCUCAUCUGUGAGAGAGAGAGGAAAGUGGAGGAAAUAUACAACUCCUCACGAGAGAUACAGGCUGCUGCUGAGAGAGAGACAGAUGCAGCUGUUUGUGCGUUUUCCAAACUCAUCUCCAGUGUGGAGCACUGCCAAGCUGAAAUCUUGGAGGUGAUAGAGAUGGCUCGUCGAGCGGCUGAGCACAGAGCUCAGAGCCUGCUGAGAGAGCUGGAGGAGGAGAUAGCUGAGCUCAAAAAGAGGAGCGCAGCACUGAGACAGCUGGCUGUGUCUGAAGACCACAUAGGCUUUCUCAAGGUGUUCCCUGUCCUGUGCACCCCUCCGCAGGCUAAGAACUGGUCCUCUGUCUCUGUGUCGUCUGAGCUGACCUCAGGGGUGAUUCUCAGGACUGUCAACCCACUGAUGGAUCGUUUUCAGGAAGAGAUGCGGAAACUGCCAGAAGUCUGCCAGCGAGUCUCUGUGGACCAACCUGUAUCUAGACCCAACCCAAAGAUAAGGAGGGUUCAGGAAUACGCAGCUGACAUCACUUUAGACCCCAGCACGGCCCAUCCACGGCUCAUCAUCUCAGCUGAUGGGAAGCAGGUGCAGUGUGGGGACCGUCAUCAGCUGGUACCGGACAGCCCUGAGCGCUUUGACCGAGUGGUGUGUGUGCUGGCCCACCAGGGCUUCAGCUCAGGGCGGCAUUACUGGGAGGUGGAGGUGGGAGGAAAGACAGACUGGGACCUGGGAGUGGCAAGCCACUCCGUCAAUCGGAAGGGCAAAAUCACUGUAAACCCCGCGCAGGGUUAUUGGUUCCUGAGCCUGCGGGAUCACACCGACUACGCCUUCCGAACAGAACCCUCCACCAACCUGAUAGUCCACCCCAAACCCUCCCGGAUUGGAAUCUAUGUGGACUGCGACAAAGGACUGGUGUCCUUCUACAAUGUGGAGGCCAAAUUGCUCAUCUACACAUUCACAGAUAGUUUCCCUGACACCAUCCAUCCGUUCUUCAGCCCCUGCACUAAUAAAUCAGGAAGAAAUGAGGCUCCGCUAACCAUUUGCCCCGUUGCAACACCAGAGUGAAAGGAGCCAACAUUUGAAGGAAAUCUUUACUCAUGAGGAACACUUUGACAUACUUCCAUGUCUGUUUGAAGAAGACUGGGACACUCAAAACCGAACCACAGACACCUGCCCCUCACUCCUUCAUGGCAGCAGUUAAUGAGCAGGUCAAUGGUUAAUUUAAGUGACUGAUGUGCCUCCUGUUUGGGCCAGUGUGAACACUUUCAGAUUGAAGUCUAAUAUUUAUACAUAUCUAUAAUAUGUACAUACAUCAAACAGUACCUGACCUUUUAUUUGCAGGUUGAAGUGUCCUCUGAGUGGAGAUGUUUCUUUUAUAAAGACAGUCUAUGGGGAAAAUGCUGUCAGCUGCAGUUGCAGUACUGCAAUUGGCCACUGGGGUAAACAGCAAGGCAGCAAGGUUAACAUGUCUCGCUGUAUCCAGCUAUCCAAACAAACGUAUGAUACUCCUUGAUGUUAACGUGCUGUUUUGCGUGUAACACUGCAACAGUAUCAGCCUGAUUGAUGAAUACUGAUUGAUCAUUUUGUCCAUUAACUCCUGAGAAAAAUAAAUUUUUAGCUGCUA